AUGUCGAAUAUGAUCAUCAAGAAUCAACUAAGAUCUAUAAGCUUACCUACAAGAUCACAUCCAAGCACCACCGGGACCGAGGAAGCUCUUAACAAGGUUAAAGAGAUUAACACCACGACUGGUUCGUCCGAAUCAAUCUUGAUGGGCUUAGCUGGUUUGGAGGAGCUCUACAUUUGUACGGAAGAGUUUCUAAAAAUGGGCUCGACACAACGUGCUAUGUCCUCUAAUGGGUCAGAGUUUAUGGAGGAGAUGCUUGAUGGGUCUUUGAGGCUAAUGGAUGUAUGCAGUGUCUCGAGAGAUCUCAUGGUGGAGACUCACGAGCUUGUUCUUGGUGUUCAGUCAUGUGUUAGAAGAAAGAAUGUAGCUGGAGGAGGAGAAGACCAACUAGAUGUCGCUGUCUCGGGUUAUGCCGGAUUUAGAAAGAACAUGAGAAAAGAAGCUAAGAAGCUUCUUGGAUCCUUGAAGAACAUUGAUGGAAGAUCAACUUCAUCAUCAUCGGUAAAUAAUGGUCAACAAGAUGAACAUCUUAUGGCGGUUAUUGAUGCGAUGAGACGAGUGGUUUCGGUUAGUGUCUCGGUGUUGAAGUCCUUCUUGGAGUUCUUGUCGGGACGACAAAGUAACAUUAAGAGCAAGUUGGCUUCGGUACUAAAGAAGAAGAAAGAUCAUCAUGAAGAGACCAAGAACGAGUUGGAGAGUUUGGAUUCCGCAAUAUGUUGCUCUCGUGAUGAUCUACAAAAGAAGCUUGAGGAGGUUGAGAUGAGCAUUGAUGGAUUUGAGAAGAAUCUAGAAGGUUUAUUUAGACGGUUAAUUAGAACACGAGCCUCGCUUCUCAACAUAAUCUCUCAUUAG